UUACAAAUACAGCGUGACCUCAGUUUGAGGAAACUAACAGAGGGUUCGGAGUAUGAAGAGGAACUAAAAUAUGACUUCAAUAUAAAAGGGGAACUGAGGCACCUGGAUACAAAUGAGUCCUUUGUUUUCAGUUAUUACAAGAAUGGACAUGAGUAGAGUCAUAAACGCUAUGAAGUUCUGGGACAUUUUAUUACCCAGUAUGUUUAUGAGCUCCUGGAAAGAGUCUGCAUACUGCAGAAGGUUUAUAUUCCUACUGAUGCUACAGAGGAUGAACCAAGAAGUUUCUCUUUCAUGAGCAAGAAUGCACUAACAAGUUCCUCUAGCCUAAUUAUCCUUCUUCAAGACCAUGGAGUUUUCUGUGCUGGACAGUGGGGGUGUAGGAUAAUUGUCAGUGAGGGCCUGAGACAUGGAACACAAAUACCAUUCAUCAAAAUGGCCCUGCAAAGCCACUGGGAAGUGAUUGUACUGAACCCCAAUGACAACUUCACACCGAUCUGGACACUGAAAAGGAGAGAUUUUCUGCCAGGGAAGAAGCACUUCCUUUUACGCAGCCUGUCUGGUAUCCCCAAGAGGGGCAGCAGCAGCCCCGAGGAGCAUACCAUGUAUGUAUGGGAUCAUUUCAUUGCAAAGAGUGCAGCCAGGAAUGUGGCCUUCAUUGCCCAUGGCUAUGGUGGGUUGGUGUUUGCUGAUCAGCUGGUGCAGAGAAAACAUGAGGUGACGAAUGAAUAAAGUGUACUCUGGCGUUCAUCGACUCCACGCACAGCAUGCAGCACCAGAGCAGACACGAUCCAGAAAUACAGGAAGGGAUACACAAAUACUGCUGGGAAUGGGUGUCAAACAGUAAACCUCUAAAUAAAACUGUGGGCUUUCUCAUGAGAAUAAGUUGUCCUACUUUCUCUGCUCGAACAGAAAAGUAUGGCUUAGCACCCUCCUGCUGCUUACAAGCCGUCUUUAAGUACUUGAAGAGCAUGCUGAGAGCCAAGACCACGACAGCCUUUAGGAAUUCACCUGUUGCAACCAGAAGCAGAACAAGUAAGAAGAGAGGCAAUAAAUAAAGGUACAACUGGUUUGUUCUUGAUAGUGGUCUCUUCCUUUUGUAACUUCCUCUGUACCUUUCCAUCACCUAAGAACCUUCAUCUCACUGCGGAGCAAUUUACAGUUCUAGGUUUGAAACCAGUUUGUUUGUUUUGAGAAAAAACCACAAAACUUAACUAUUAGGAAAGAAAUGUAUUGUUGAAAGCCUUAAGCCACAAUCCUUUUGCUAGCUGUGAAAUUUAAAGUUGAAUUAAAGAUGUUAAGGUACA